GCAGUUCCCCAAUGCGCAGUUAACUAACAAGUUUAGCAGUAAACACUCAUGGCCUCCCAGUCGCGAAAAGGCGGGGUGUCGCUGCCGGCGAGGCGAGGCUCGAAGCCGCAUUCAGAGCCCACUAUUCUCACCAAGCUUACUAACUCCGAGAUCGUCUCUAAAGGUAAGCAAGCUGCCUGCGACGCCGCUUUCGUUACCAAGAAGCUCCUACGCAGCACUGGCAAGGCUGCGUGGAUUGCGGGAACCACCUUCUUAAUCCUGGUGGUGCCUCUAAUCAUUGAGAUGGAUCGAGAACAGCAAUUUAACGAGCUCGAGAUCCAGCAGCAAAGCCUCCUUGGAGCCCCGCCAGUCGGGGCGCCCCCAAAGUGAACGAAACCGGAUCGGGUCAGGUCAGGGAUGCAAUGGUAUUUUGUGUUUGUUAUGUUAGUCUAUCUUCAUAUCACUUGUAGCGUCUCUUAGGAAUUGGGAUUUUGAGGUACAAUAAUUUAUUGUCAUUUAUCCCUUUUUAAUUUCCAGGUUUUGCUUGCAAUUUAAGUUGGAUUUUUCAGCGAUUUC